AUGUUAAUUAUUGAAGCUAAAAUUAAAUUCAACGAUGUCCGAGAACUAGCUCGGGUAGGCUGUGUUGGUCUGAGUGUAAGCCUUUUGAUAUGUCCUAUUGUGGUAAUCAUUUGCCGAAGAAAGUCACCCCGCCUGUAUGCUAUCAUCGGAGGCUUAGUGACUUCACUUGGUUGUUUAUUCAUGGCUUUUUCCAAUAAGAUGCAGCAUUUAUACAUUAGUCACAGUCUUGUAUUCUCUGCUGGAUGUGGUAUCACAACAACCACUGCCAACAUCAUGCUUGGUCGAUAUUUUUGUCGGCGACGAGAAUUAGCUGAACUGAUUGCAAUGGCCGCUACAGGUAUUGGGGCAACCAUCAUGUCCGUCCUCUUUCGUGUGCUCAUCAGUCGAUUAACAUGGACAAGGGCUCUACAGUGCAUAGCUGGGAUGCAAGUAUUAACAAUAUUUGCAGGAUUCUUAUAUCGUUCAGCCUCCCUGUAUCAUCCCCGACGAAAGAUGCUCUUACAUAUUAAAAACCAGAUGAAAUCAAGACGAGAUCGUGAAGCCCAGAAACCAGCUUAUUUUGACUUUCGAGCACUGCGCAUGCACGCUCUGUUAAUGCUGCUAUUGAUUAUAGUUAUUAUAGGACUUGGUAUACAUGUCCCUUUUAUUUUAUUAUUAUAUACUGCAUCGCAACAUAAUGUGGGAGCCGAUAAGCUUUUACUGCUGAAUAUAUACUUGUGCACAGCUAGUCAAAGUAAAAAUUAUGGAACGAGCUUGGGGCUUUGCGUGUGCUGCUCAAUCAAUAUCAACUUUGGCAGGAACUCUCACAGCUAUGUAUCUAAAUGA